AUGGCAUGCAGCCUCAUCGAUCCCAAGAUCUCCUUCUUCCCCAAAGCAGACGGGGCCAUUUUAAGAUCGAAACGGGUCGUACCUGCAUGGCCACGUUCUCGCCCACAGACCGUGGGUCUGAUCUUCGAUCGAGAGAACGUCGAUCGCCCGAUCCAGCCCUGGUCCCCGGACCUCAAUACAACAUUCUACCCCCAGACUGCAGCUGAUGAACCUGCGGUAGUUCCGGAAAAGCCAGCUGACUUUGCAGAAAAAUAUCUGCGUGCCUUUCUGGCUGAGCAUGAGAGACUCAGGCUUUCGGUGCUUUGGUAUUAUACGCGCGAGAUCUUCCAGGAGGAUGAAUUUCUGGCCGGGUUGCAAGAGAAAGCGCAGUUAGCGCAGGAGUCGAUUGGGUGGGAGUUUGCGGUUAUUGGCAUUCUCGAUGUCGAUGUUUAUCUUCGCUUGGCUACUGUGAAUCUUGACCUGGGUAUGGUACCGCGAGGGGAAACAAUUUGCGCUCAUACAAUUACUCAAAACACUGGUGAUGUAUUCGUUGUACCUAGUCUUAUGGAAGACUGGAGAUUCCAACGAUGUCCUUAUCUCGAACGCGGCGGGCUCCGCGCGUACGCUGGAGUGCCGCUUCGCUUGAAAACCGAAUCUGGGCAUACUGUUGGUCUGGGAUCAAUUUGUCUGGCGUCGGGUCAGAGCGAGGAACCCUUGACCAAAGCGCAACAUCAGGCGCUCGUUCGUCUGGCCGAUUGGGUUGUUUCCGAUCUCGUACAAUGUACGAGAGCUAGACGUCAGCGAGAAAGACAUCGAAUGUCUGAACUUCUCGCCAAAGCACAGAAGGAGACGAAUCAAACCGUGGCCGUUGAGCCAGUCUCCCAGAUUCUGAGAACUAUGUACCCGGACGCAAUCAUCCGCCUGCAGCCGGCUAGAGCAACCCACGUUGAGCUUGAGGGAUGUGAUUCAAUUCCAGUCUCGGAGCUCAAAGAUGGACUCUGGGAAGACGUUAAGUUCCUCGAUGACUAUAUUAUGAAUUCGAAUCACCUCUCGCCCCCAUCUAAUAAACCGGUUCGCAUCGUUGCUAUCCCGUGCGAAAGCAUAUCGGGAUCGUCAUUACUCAUCGUGGCAACAAAAGACUUCCGCCUUGUCUUUGACGACGCCGAUGCAUGGUUUAUUCAGGCUUGCGCAGAUAUCAUCUCUCAAAUGUGGCGCAAAAGCCUUCUCGCAGAAGCUAUGAUCGCCAAGGAAAAGUUUCUCCGAGCGUUCUCUCAUCAACUUCGAACUCCCGUUCACGGCAUCCUAGGUUCUCUGGAACUUUUGACUGAGGACCUCAAGUCCAGAAUUUUGUAUGAGGGAACGGCUUCGAUUCCGGCAAUUGAACAGGCUACUGCUGAGUCGGAGAUGAAUUCGCGGGAACCCUUUACGUACCUGAACAUCAUCAAGAUGGCGGGUCGUGAUCUCACGUCGAUUAUCAAUAAUUUGAUUGCGCUCAACAAGUGGUCUGAUAUCGCCAUGGCGGAGAGGCAUUAUACUAUGCAUACCUUGGACGAGCUGGAGACUGAAAUUGGCAACGAGAUAGCCAAGUUCUCCAUCGAUCUUGUGGUUCUUCGGGAUACUCUGCUCCCAUUGGUGAUUAACUCGAUCCAAAAUACACCGCAAGGAGUUGUGUCGGUUACUGCUUCAAUCCAAUCAGACCGCAAACAACUCAUUAUCGAUGUUGAAGAUACUGGCCGGGGAAUUCAGUCUGACGAUCAAAAGCGUAUUUUUGAGGCAUACGAGAAGGUUGAUUCGCAUUCGUCGGGCGCUGGAUUGGGUCUCACACUUGCUUCGAAGUUUGCAUCGCUCAUUCACGGCUCAAUUGAAUUGGUUUCUUCGGAGAUUGGGCGUGGCUCUCACUUUAGAGCCACGUUCCGGGAAGUUGAGUGUGAUGGCUCGUCUCAACCGUCGCAGCCUUUGCCUACGAAGCUCCAUCGUUUGCCAUCGCGGUUUUUCAAAAUACCUACCAACUCUGAUUCUUCACCACUGGGCGAUCAGUUUGCAUCUUUCUUGACUCGCAAUGGGUUCACUUGCUCGGACAGUAUGGAUGAUUGCUUGGUCAUUGUUGAAGCUGGGCCCGACACAGAACAGCACCGCGCAUACGAAUGCCUCCCAACCACCUCUACCACAACCGAAAAGAAGCGAUCAAGCCGUCAUCAUGCCCAUAAGGAUACAAAAAGACCCAAUCGCAGAAGAAAAUACCCCAUUACCCGAAUCAUCACUCAUAUCGAAACAACUCACCACAACCACCACUCUCCCACCCGCAUCUCAACCAGCCAUCCCAGUCUCCAUCGACACGAAAAUAACCACAACACUCUCCCAACUCCGAACCACCACCACCCCGUCACCCUAAUAGUAGACGACAACGCCGUCAACCUCCGCGUCAUGGAAACAUACUGCAAAAAGCGAGGCCUCCCCUACCUCUCCGCCAUGAACGGCCAACAAGCCGUCCAACGCUACACCCAGCACCAAAAACAAGCCUCUCAAGAUGAAGACCCCGGUUCCCGACCCCAGCCAAUCCAGCUGAUUUUCAUGGACCUGCAAAUGCCGGUAUGCGGCGGCAUCGAAGCGACGCAGCAGAUCCGCGCACUGGAGCAGGAAAAUGAUUGGUGUAAGAGCUUUUUGUUCGUUAUGACUGGUCAGGAUAGUCCGGCGGAUAGGACUGAUGCGGAGGAGGCUGGGGCCGAUGAGUAUUCUGUUAAACCGGUUGUUAUUAAGCAGCUUGAUCGGGUGGUGAGGCAGUAUUUUCCGGCUUUUGGGAGUAGUUAG